ACUUACAUUGCACGUGAAGCGGAAUUAAAGAAAAGUAAAGAAAGCCAUGUUGAACUUCUAUCUGUUGAAUCAACAUCAGAUGAGAACUCUGGUGAUGACAGAAGAUUGCAAAAGAAAAAGACUCAACAAAAAGGAGCCACAAGGAGUGGUAGAGGUCGUGGCAGAGGUCGCGGCAGGGGUCGUUCGAAGGGAAUUAUUCGAAAGCAGUUAACCGAAAAGAAACAAACUAAGAAAGCAGUCCAUGAUGAUAACGAAGGAGGGUCAUCUGACUCCUCAUCCUCAUUUGAGGAACCGCAAGUCAAGGAUCCUUUCUGGGAUAACUUGGAAAAAGGGAAGAUUGAUCUCUUCGCUGGUGAUCUUUACUCCAAAAUCAAAUCAAGAAGAAAGCCUGGAGGAUCAAUUGAUGCGGAUGUUGCGUCUCCGGGAUCACCUUCACCAGCUUCUGCAACCUCGAGUGGCAAGAAACGUGGCCCGAAACCAAAAAACAAAGAAAGAAAAGUUACGAAAGAUACCAUUGAUAAAAUUGAAGAGAUCAAACCAAUGGAAAGUGAAGCUACUGAAACGAUAAAUAUGGAUAUAGAAGAACAAACUUCUGUUGACCCUAAGCCCGAGAAAAGCAAUAUAGAAGUAGUAGAAGAAAAAGAAGAACCAAAAAGUCCUCCAAAAGUUGCUGAAGACACAGAAAAAGCUCGCGAAGAACCAAUGAGUCCGGUUCUGGAAUACCUAGAAACACAACUCAAGGAUAGGAAUGUUAAACCAACAUCAUCCAGUGUUUCCAAAGAUAAAAAAGAGCAAGAG